AUGCAGUCACUCAACUGUGAACUACAGGCGACGCAGCAGUCACGAGAUGGUGGCAUUGAUCAUCAGGGAUCAUGGACGUUGCCAGAUUUAGAAGUUGAGGUGGUGACACAGUGCAAGAACGAGAGCAAACCAGUGGGCGUUCACUAUGUGCGAGAAUUCUAUGGCGUGCUGGGCCUCUUUCCACCUACAACUGUGGGGCUAUUUGCCUCGGCAUCAGGCUACAGUCUCUAUGCGCAGCGGUUCUUCUUACGGACGACACAUCCGGCAAUUCUUUGCACCGUAGAUAUCGUAUCAGGUCGUCUCACUUCCUUUUUACUAAACGACAGUUGCCAAACGCUGCUGCCCAAGCUUACAGUAGGCUCCUUGUUCGUGAACCAGGAGCAUGCUCUCGUGCUCACCUACGGUGACAAAAUCCUCGGCUAA